AUGUUCUUCGGUACCGCCCUCCGCUCCGUUCCUCGCUCCCUCACGACUCGUGCAUUUUCUUCUACGCCUGCCUCAGCCCUCUCGCGUGUUACUUUGAUUGGCCGCCUUGUGGCUCCACCUGAAGUGCGCGAGAGCCGCCAUGGCAAAGAGUACCUGCGCUACACGCUCGCUACCAACGACUUGCCUGGCCCGCCCAAUGAAGACGGCACACCUGCGCCACCGACAUCGUCGUUCCACUCCAUUUUUGCCUUUGGCGAAAACACCGUGUCUCGUCUACGUGAUGUGCCCAAGGGCACGCUGAUGUACGUUGAGGGUGACUUCCGUGUCGUGCGUACGCCCGGUGACGAUACUAUGCCACCACAGGAACAAUGGCUCGUGCAGCACCGCAACUACCGUGUGCUGAUGCGCCCGCGAAACCCGUAG